AUGUUUCCUUUGUACAGUCAAUCACAAUCAUUCUCUUUGUUCCCAACAUUUGAAAUUGAUAACAAAUCGAAUGACAGAGCUAUCAAAGGCAAAGAUGCAUUGGAAACAAUCAUUCAGAAUUCAAAAAGAAAUAGGUGUUGGGAAGAAUGUAUGAUGUCACUUCAAAAUGGAUGUAAAGGAAUGGAUGAUAAUGCCAGAAGUAAACUGGCUGUUCAAUUGGCAAAUUGUCAUUUGGAGAAAUCUGGAAUGAAGACUUAUUUAUGUUCAAAAGAAAUGACAGUUCAAGAUUGUACAAGAUCGAUGAGUGAAACUGCCUAUAUGACAUACACCAACUUUUAUAUAUCAACCGAAAACAUUUGUUAUUAUCUGAUGAGUGAAUUGUUUCAAUCUAGAACUGAAGAAGCUGUCAAUGAAUUGGUUCAUUCAACUGUUGAAACAUUAAACUCUAUGAAAUCAAUUCAUCUUCAUUCUCUUCAACUUGAAGAAUCAAUGGAUCAAUCAAAUAUUGCACAACAAAAAUUAUCCAAUACUCAGCAAUCAAUGAAAUUACAAAUAGAACAAUCAAUGGAUUAUUUAAACAAGAUUACCUCUACCUCUGAGGAUAUAAAAGAUUCAAUGAGAGAAACAUCUGUAAAACAAGAUGAAUUAUCAAAAGAACAAAAGAAAUUAUCUGAAGAAUAUCAACAAAAUUCAAAAAUGUCAUUAGAUUUAUUAUUGAGAAUUAAAGAUAGUGCAUCUUCAAUAGCAACAAAUACAUUGGAAUCAAUUAAAAAUCAAAUGGAUUUAUUGGGACUUCAAAAAGACACCAUUUCAGAUCUCAAUGGACUUGGUGAACUAACAGAUUCAUUUAUAUCAAAACAAAAAGAUUUGCUAGAGUCACAAGAAACCAUUGUUCAAGGACACAAAUUGAUUAUUAAUAUCUUGGAUGGUAUUCAUAAUCUUUCAAAUUUAAUAUUAUUUGAAUUUAUUGAUGCAAAAUCUUUAAUUUAUUAUCUUGUAACAAUCUUUUUUAUAUUUUUAAUAACUUCACAUAAAAGAACAAGUUCAUCAAGAAUACCACUUUAUAUUGGUUUGGUAGUUAAUCUAUUUGUAGAAAGAGUUGUAUUAAAUCAUAAUAGUAUGUCACCAUCAUCAAGUUAUAUCAUAGAUAUAGUACCCGAUUUUAUAUUAUCAAUGAUACUGCCGACUAGUUGGGUUGAUGAAUCUGUAUAUAUCAACACAUCAACAGCAAGUGAUAUCAUUCAAGCCAAAUUUCAAUUUAUAGGUAAAUGUAGAAAAAUAUUUGCCAUCUAUACAGUUUCAACUCUAUUUCUAGCGUUAUGGUUCUAUCGUGAUUAUGAACGAUUGAAUCAUAGACUAUUACUAGAUCUUACAGAAUCAAAUAGAAAAAUCAUUAAAUCUCUAUCAAAGGUUUAUAAAAUCCAAAGUGGUACCACUUCCAACACCAUCAAAAAGAAACAAACCAGCAAUAAUAAUCAUCAUAUUUCACAUACAACAAAUAAGAAAACCGAAAACAGUAAUAUUAAUAAUAAUGAAAACAAAGACAACAACAUAGAAAUGUCAACUGAUCAAGCUUAA